GCACUGAGCGGGUCAGGGCGGCUGCCGGCAGCGCCAUGGAGACGGUGCAGCUGAGGAACCCGCCGCGCCGGCAGCUGAAAAAGUUGGAUGAAGAUAGUUUAACUAAACAGCCAGAAGAAGUGUUUGAUGUCUUAGAGAAACUUGGAGAAGGGUCCUAUGGCAGCGUAUACAAAGCUAUUCAUAAAGAGACAGGCCAGAUCGUGGCUAUUAAGCAAGUUCCUGUGGAAUCAGACCUGCAGGAGAUAAUCAAAGAAAUCUCUAUAAUGCAGCAAUGUGACAGCCCUCAUGUAGUCAAAUACUAUGGCAGUUAUUUUAAGAACACAGACUUGUGGAUCGUUAUGGAGUACUGUGGGGCUGGUUCUGUAUCUGAUAUCAUUCGAUUACGAAAUAAAACAUUAACAGAAGAUGAAAUAGCUACAAUAUUACAAUCAACGCUUAAGGGACUGGAAUACCUUCAUUUUAUGAGAAAAAUACACCGAGAUAUCAAGGCAGGAAAUAUUUUGCUAAAUACAGAAGGACAUGCAAAACUUGCAGAUUUCGGGGUAGCAGGUCAACUUACAGAUACUAUGGCCAAGCGAAAUACAGUCAUAGGAACACCAUUUUGGAUGGCUCCAGAAGUGAUUCAGGAAAUUGGGUACAACUGUGUGGCGGACAUCUGGUCAUUGGGAAUAACUGCCAUAGAAAUGGCUGAAGGGAAGCCCCCAUAUGCCGAUAUCCAUCCAAUGAGGGCAAUCUUUAUGAUUCCUACCAACCCUCCUCCCACAUUCCGAAAGCCAGAACUAUGGUCAGAUAGCUUCAUGGAUUUUGUGAAGCAGUGUCUUGUAAAGAGCCCUGAGCAUAGAGCCACAGCCACUCAACUCCUACAGCACCCAUUUGUCAAGAGCGCCAAAGGAGUGUCGAUACUACGGGACUUAAUUAAUGAAGCCAUGGAUGUGAAACUGAAACGCCAGGAAGCCCAGCAGCGGGAGGUGGAAAACGAGGAUGAAGAAAACUCGGAGGAGGAUGAAUUGGAUUCUGGCACCAUGGUUCGAGCAGCAGGUGAUGAGAUGGGCACUGUCCGUGUAGCCAGCACCAUGAGUGAUGGAGCCAAUACCAUGAUUGAGCACGACGGAACAUUGCUGUCACAGCUAGGCACCAUGGUGAUCAAUGCAGAGGAUGAGGAAGAGGAAGGAACUAUGAAAAGUAAGGCUCUGAUCAAAUAUAGUAGCUUCUCAGGCAGACCUUAUACAUUCCAGAGAAGACAGGUUCACGUGGUCCACUCAGGCUCAGUCUUGAGGCCUCAUAUUGCUGCAACCAAAGGAGUAGAAACAUGGGGGUUGUGGUGA